AUGGGUCUGCACAGCGUCGAGGAGCUGGUGACUGGUAAGAGGUCAGAGGGCAAAGAGUCGGACGACUUCCAGGGGGGCGUGUACGAGGCAGCUGUCAAUCAAGAGAAGCGCGAUGACCUGAGGUCCCACAGCGACAGCGCAGGAGAACAGGAAGUGAGCGUGGCUGCGCUCAAUACGGACAGGAGCGGCCGCCUGAAGCUGGAGACCGUGGACGACCUGUUCAACAUCCUGCAGCUGAGGAAGAGGAGGAGAGAGAGGAAGAGUCCCGUCCACAAGAGGCAGCAGCCGGAGCCUGAGACUGUGCCGGAGACGGUGGAUGAGCAGCUGUUUCUGACGGCAGCGAUGGAGAACAAGCUUCCUGUGGUGGAGAAGUUCCUCAGUGACGGAGGAAACCCCAACGUGUGCGACCACUUCCAGAGAACAGCUCUGCACAAAGCUGCAUUCAGAGGAAACAUGGAGGUGAUGAAGAGCCUCCUGGAGGCCGGAGCUGCCAUCGAGAAGAAAGACAAGCUGGAGGCCACAGCGCUCCACUGGGCCUGCAGAGGAGGAAGUCUGCCGGCCCUUCAGCUCCUCCUCGACCAGGGGGCAAAGGUCACAUCCAGAGACAAGCUGCAGAGCACUCCUCUCCAUGUGGCUGUGAGGACAGGACACAGUGAAUGUGCUGAACAUCUCGUUCACUGUGGAGCAGACGUCAACGCCAAAGACAGAGACGGAGACACGCCCAUGCACGACGCUGUGAGAAUCAACAGAUUCAAGAUGAUCAAGCUGCUGAUGAUGUACGGAGCCCGUCUCAACACCAAGAACAGUGACGGGAAGACUCCGCUGGAGACGCUGUACUCUUGGCAGAACGGAGCCAAGAGUCUCCUGUGUAACUUUGAGGAGGAGAAACUCAGCAGCACCUCCCCCUGAGGUGGAGACCGCAGAACAAGAGAAGAAGAAGAGUGGUAGAAAAAACACGUGGACUUUUGAUCCGUUCUAUCAUUUGUCUUCUCUUAGCGUGCGUCCAUUGAGGCGCUGCAGACUUCAUACUCUGACAGAUAUUAACCUCAGGUAAUAUUCAGGUGCUGCCGAGCCUUUGUCAUUAACUUCGCUCCGGGUUCAGGGAUUUGAACCAGCAACCUUCAAGGUGAUUGGCAGGCGUUAAAGAAAGACUUUCCUGAAAGUAGCAGCAGGGACUUGAAUUAUCAAUAAUGAUUGAUCAAUAAUGUGAAAUCUAAUCAGCGUGUUUCAUUGAUAGUGAUUAUUAACACUGAUGGAUUCACGGAUAUUGCUGGACAAUGUCUCGGCCGACAACGUGAAGAUGCUUUUAUUUGAACUUUUCUUCAUUUGUAGUUUAAGCUGAGUUGAUGUCGGCGAUGCUGCCGCGAGAAAAUGAUUAUUUAUUGAUUAACGGCAACGGUCUGUGAUCAGUUUACUGGUUUGAUUGAUUUCAAUACUUACACUUGAUAACUAAGUGAUUAGAAGUGAAUUAUUUGUGUAAAAUGUGAACGUGUUGUAUUGAUUCACACGAGUUGUUUGAUCUGGUGAGAGCAAACAGGAAACCACGACAGAGCUCUUCUCCUGCAGCCACGUUCAUCCAGUCCAAUCCCAGCGGCUGCUCUGGAUCCUGAUGAGCUGCACGUUUCCACUCCGCUCUUUGACUCGUCUUGCUCUUGCAUCAUUUUUCACUCUGAAAUUUUGGAUUCAGUUUAUUAUUUCUAAUGUUACAAAUUCUAAUUUCUAACUGUGGAUCGAAUUUUGCUCAAACCUUACAGCAUCACUUUGCUUGUGUUUGUAAGUUUGGACAAAGUUCAUCCAGAUCCCUUUGAGCGUCUGGGGUCAGAGGUCAGCUCGGCUGUCUCCCGCCUCUUCUGAUGCAGGGAAGACAUUUUGUAAAUGGUUGAGAGGGAAGAAAGUGAAAAGUCACAGUUGGUUCUGAGGAUGUCUGAAGAAAGUUAUGUGAAGUGAACACGUCUUGACAGAUGAUCAAUAAUUUGAUUUAUUUUGUAUUGUAACAGAUGAAUGUAAAUUUUGCUUUGUAAUUAUGGAUCGAUUGAAUAAAAGAU